GCGACGAGCACUGACGUAAACACAGGUCGGGGUGAGGAGCUGCGUUCUGUGGUGCUUUGUUUAUUUUCCCAUCAGUUUAUCCUCAGCGGUAGUGGUCUGACCCUGGGAUUAUACAGCUGUGUGGUUAUUAAAGCGUCGAAAUAUUUGUGUAGAUAAUAAAGUUGGGAUUGGCACCAUGUUCCACGGAAUACCUGCUUCAGGAGGGAUGGGAGGUGCUCCAGCCAAUAAGCCGGAAUUAUACGAGGAGGUGAAGCUUUAUAAAAAUGCAAGAGAAAGAGAAAAGUAUGACAACAUGGCAGAAUUGUUUGCUGUGGUAAAGACGCUCCAAGCCUUAGAGAAAGCUUACAUCAAGGACUGUGUAACACCCAAUGAAUACACAGGUGCCUGCUCAAGAUUGCUUGUCCAGUAUAAGGCUGCUUUCAAACAGGUCCAGGCAUCAGACGUUGGCUCCAUUGAUGACUUUUGUAGGAAAUACCGGCUUGACUGUCCACUGGCAAUGGAGAGAAUCAAAGAAGACCGCCCCAUUACUAUAAAGGAUGACAAAGGCAACCUGAAUCGCUGCAUUGCAGAUAUCGUAUCUCUUUUCAUCACAGUGAUGGACAAACUAAGACUGGAGAUUCGAGCCAUGGAUGAGAUCCAGCCAGAUCUUAGGGAGCUAAUGGAGACCAUGAACAGGAUGAGCAACAUGCCACCAGAUUCAGAGGCCAAGGAUAAGGUCAACCUCUGGUUGACCACUCUGAGCAGCAUGUCUGCCUCUGACGAGCUGGAUGACUCUCAGGUUCGCCAGAUGCUGUUUGACCUGGAGUCUGCCUACAAUGCCUUCAACCGGUUCCUACACUCCUCCUAAAUAAUGCUACCAUUGGACUCAGAACUGUGCUUUCUCUACAUGACCAGCCCUCUGUCAUCCAGUUCCUGAUCCCUUUGCUCUCUACUGGAAGCCUAUUAUGGAUACAGAACUCUAAUGUUUAGGAAUCUGAUGCAGAGACUCUUUAAUAUCCCUCUGGGGUUUUAGUGAGGAAUGGGUGUGUGACAUUGCUGUCAGGCUCUUUCUUUGUCAUUUAUGUAGCUUUAACUAACCAUGAUUUCAGAUUUUUGUUAUAUUGUGAGCCUGCUUAAAUCUGUCUGUACCCAUUAGAUAAAGGCCUCAUGCAUAUUGCUUCUUUGAGGAAAGAACAGUGCUUUCCUACACUCUGAAAAAGAUGGUUCUUCAUGGGUUGUUUAGUAAAGAAAAUGGUUCUAUAUAGAACCAUGAACGCUUAAAGAACCCCCUGUAUGUUUAAAGGGUUUU